UGAAGAAAAACAAGUCCUGACCAACAAUCAGACUGAGAACAGUGAGAAUGACUCUGAGGAGGGGUCUAGACACGAAGACCAAAUUGCUUUAGAAGAGUCGUUUGUUAGGGUGAGGCUGGGUCCUAACAGUGUUGACAUGACAGAGGAGGAACUGGAGGCUGCUUUCUCUCAGCUGUCUCUGGCCUUUCGCUGUGACCAGUACACACUUUGUCAGAGGCUGGAGAUGGAGGAACACGCUCGGGACAAUGCUGAGGACAACCUCAAACUAGAAGUGGAAAGAGGCAUGGAAGUGCUUGAGACACUCAAGGGAAUGUGUUUAGAUAUCAAACGUGCCAGGCUUCUCCAGCAUCUUGAGCUGUCUCUUAACAUUAUCGGGGGCACCAUCGGACGAAUCUCCAAGACAGCUGAGGUUCUUGGGGCUGUGCAUCAGGAGGCUAAAGUGAGCCAUGCAGUGGAACUCAUGGUGGCUCAUGUGGAGAACCUGAAGCGCCGUCAUGUGAGGAACAGCGUUGAACUGGAGGAGAUGAAGAAACAGAUGGAGAAAAGCAGCAGAGAGCACAACGUCUGCGAGCAGAGGGAGGAAACUGACACUAUUGAAAAGCUGGAAAAAGACCUACAGAAGCCACAAUUACGGCGUAGAAUCAGUACAAACAUCAUUGCAAAGCAAAUCCAGAGGCAAAAGGUGAAGGAGGCAGAAGCUAUAUUAUCUUCAGUGACCAGUGAGAUUAGGGAAGAGAUAAAAUCAACCACAAAGAAACCUGACCACACAGACUACUGCCAUAUGAAUAGAGGGCAAGUACCCCAAGAUGACAGCCCCUCACAAACUGUCACGGCGGAUGCUACUGAGGAGACAUCCUCUACCCAAAUCCAUCCCAAUCAGAUUCUGAGGCUUGAGCUGGACCCUGCCUUUGUAAAAAAAAACACAAGUUCACUGCCAGUGUUAGCUCAUCAAAGGCUGAGGAGGAAGGCAUCGCUGGAGCGCAGUCAUGCCUGGCUCAAGAGAUCUGAGCACUACCUCAGAGACUGUAAUAGAUGUGUCAGUAGCUUACAGCGCUCUCUUAUUCAGUGGAUGUACCGUUGCCGCUGGAUAAUCCUUGCCAUUUACCUCACUGUUCUUUGCUCGAUCAUUAUAUUAGCCAUAUUAGUAUGGUUGAUGCAAACACCCAUCUUAUGGAUGUGAAACUUAUAACCAUAGACAUAGAAAUGUGACGAAUAUGUUAAAAUACUGUUGAUAGCUUUUACUUACCGUUUGCUAGACAUUUUAACUUUGAUUUAUGGGAAGCUAUUUAUAGCAUGUAUAGUUUUAAAUGAUCUCAGAAUAAAAUUCAUGUACUAGCACUCAA